CGCGGAAGGAGCCCGCCAUUGAAGCCAAUUCCCAACGUGAGUGUGUCGUUGAAGUACGUUUUAUAAAAAACUGUGCUCUAUUUUUCUUUUUCCUUCCUCCGCUGGUACUUUGGUGGCGACAUGGCGUACAGGGGACAGGGACAGAAGAUCCAGAAGGUGAUGGUGCAGCCCAUCAACCUUAUUUUCAGGUAUCUACAAAAUCGCUCACGGAUCCAGGUCUGGUUGUAUGAACAGGUGAACAUGAGGAUAGAGGGCUGUAUCAUUGGUUUUGAUGAGUACAUGAACCUGGUUCUAGAUGAUUCUGAGGAAGUCCACAUGAAGACUAAGAACAGAAAGCCACUGGGGAGGAUCAUGUUGAAAGGAGACAACAUUACCCUGCUGCAGAGUGUGACCACCUAGGACGAUGCAAUCAAAUCCUAACUCUCCUCGGAAGAAAUAGUUUCCUCCUUUUUUUCUGUUAAAGAUUGUGUGCAUUUGUGUUAAUGUAACUUUCUGGAUCCAUUUUGGAAAUAAAGUUUUUUUUGUUACUA